CAGAUCAGAAACUACAGGUUCUGGCUCCGAGUAAAUGCCGGGAUUUGUUCUGUGUUCAUUAAACUAUUAAAGCUGAAACCAACAUGGCGGCCGUCAUGAUGAGCUCAGGAAGGAAACUUCUGCAGACCCGGUUCCCCAGGCCGCCGGUCCGGUCCGGUUCAGCCCGUCCGUCCGGGUUCUUCGCUCCGUCCGAAGGCGCCAUGCUGCCGGCGGGAAGCUUCAGAGACCGGCUGGCCUUCAUCACCGGAGGCGGCACCGGCCUGGGCCGGGCCAUGACCAUGGUUCUGUCCCAGCUGGGAGCCCGCUGCGUCAUCGCCAGCAGGAAGCUCGACGUCCUGCAGGAGACGGCUGGUGAGAUCAGCAGCCAGACCGGAAACCAGGUCCACGCCCUCCAGUGUGAUGUCAGAGACCCUCAGGCCGUGGCACGCUGCGUGGACCAGAUGGUGGCGCUAAGCGGACUUCCUGAUGUGAUCAUCAACAACGCUGCAGGGAACUUCAUCUGUCCGACGGAGCGGCUGACGCCCAACGGCUGGCGGAGCGUCACUGACAUCGUCCUGAACGGGACGGCGUUCGUCACGCUGGAGCUGGGCAAGAGGCUGAUCCAGGCCCAGAAAGGCGCCUCGUUCCUCGCCAUCACGACCAUCUACGCCGAGUCUGGUUCUGGUUUCGUGGUUCCGAGUGCAGCGGCCAAGGCUGGAGUCGAGGCGCUCUACAAGUCUCUGGCUGCAGAGUGGGGGCGCUACGGCCACAGGUUUAACAUCAUCCAGCCUGGACCAAUCAGGACCAAGGGAGCCUUCAGUCGUUUGGACCCGACCGGAACCUUUGAGAAGUCGAUGAUCGAUCGGAUCCCGACGGGUCGGCUCGGAAAACCAGCUGAGCUCGCCAACCUGGCGGCGUACCUGAGCAGCGACUUCGCCAGCUGGAUGUCUGGAGCAGUGAUCCGUUUUGAUGGAGGCGAGUAUGUAUCGAUGGCGGGAGAGUUUAACGAGCUGCGCAAGGUGACUCCGGAUCAGUGGAAGAUGUUGGAGGCCAUGAUCAAAGGUACAAAGGGGUCGUAGGAAAGCUGACAGCUGAUUGGACCACAGAGACCCCGCCCCCUGCUGAUAUCUCUACAUCUGAUUGAUUGGUUAAUAAUUGUAACUAAUGUGGUGCAGUCAUGUGACUGUCUGCACAUGCUCAGUGUGAACCUUGUUCGAUAAUAAAAGAUGAAAUGAG